GGAGGGGGAUGAAGAAGGACAAAGGAGUGGCAGUUCCAAACCCUAACACCCCAGAAGAAGACAUCUCUGAUUCCUCUCUCCCACCUGUUCGAUUCUCCACCCGGAACGCUUCCUCCAAAUACGAUUUCGUCAAGGUGAAGGUGUGGUUGGGUGAUAAUGCUGAUCACUACUACGUCCUCUCCAGAUUUUUGCUUAGCAGAAUGUUGACUGUCACUAAGAUCCCAAAUCAUGUGGCCAUUAAAAUUGCUCUUGAACUCAAAAAACUGCUCAUAGACAACAGUCUUCUGGAUGUCUCUCAAUCUGAUUUGGAAGCUAAUCUAUUUAAGCUGAUGGAGCGACGUGGCUAUGGACAAGAGUAUAUUAACCGUUAUAGGAUGAUGACCAGAUUUCAUCAUCAAAGAGUACCAUUGGUGAUUCUCGUUUGUGGGACUGCAUGUGUUGGGAAGUCUACCAUCGCUACGCAACUUGCUCAGAGGCUGAACUUGCCGAAUGUUUUACAGACAGAUAUGGUGUAUGAAUUACUGCGCACCUCAACAGAUGCACCAUUGGCAUCUACUCCUGUAUGGGCAAGAGAAUUCAGUUCCUCCGAGGAAUUAAUCACUGAAUUUUGUAGACAAUGCAGAAUUGUUCGCAAAGGUUUGGCUGGUGAUUUGAAGAAAGCAAUGAAAGAUGGAAAGCCGAUUAUCAUUGAGGGAAUACAUUUGGAUCCAAGCAUCUACUUGAUGGAUGAUGAUAGUAAAUUAUCAACUAACAUGACCGCAAAAGUUGAAGAGCCAAAUUCUCUAUCUGUGAAGUCAGAUGAUAAUACUGCAGGUAAUGGAAAUAAUUUUGAAAAUGCUUGUGCAAGACAGAGUAAAAAUAGCAAUGAUGCUUCUGAGAAUACAAAGGCAGAAGACAAGAUAUCUGCUGACCAAGUGGAUAAAGUUUCAGAUUUCCUGGAAUCAAUUAACUUAAAAGGACACGUUUCUAAGAAUAAAGGUGAAGCUGUUAAAGAUCCAGAGACAGAUACAAAUCCUCCUGCUGGGAAGGAAAAGUCUGUUGCUGAACCAAUAAUUGUACCUAUAGUUCUGAAGAUGGCUGAAUUUGACCAUAAGGCAUUGCUAGAGGAGUGGAUUUCAACUCGUACAUUCAGUGAUAAAUGCUUGCUCCAGGACAAGGAUAAGCUAAUAAGCAAUUUAAAAACAAUCCAGGAUUAUCUUUGUUCAUUCAAGUCCCAGGGUUUGACAGUUGUAAAUAUAUCAGCAACAACAUUCCCACAAACAUUGGAUUGGCUGCAUAGUUAUCUUCUUCAGUGUAUUGAGCAAGGUAUUUCAUCCAAGUCCAGUGAAAGUAGUAGGCAAGCUGAAACCUAGAUUACAUGCAGGUUUAAGCUUGAUCAGCGACAGAUAAGCUUUUGGAAUUCUGUAUUCUGAAACCAGUGAGGGUGCUGAAAGCAACCAUGUGGGUGAACCUGCUCAACCGUGAAGGAUUAAAAUUCCAGAAAGCCAAUCCCCAAACAAGUUAAACUGGAGGACCAGGCCAGCGCCUCUUGUAAGAUUGACUUCCAUAGUACAACUGGAAGUCUCUACUUUUGGAAGGAGUGUUCCAUAAUGCAAGACCAUUGUACACUGAUUGUUCCCUAUACUAUUCUAACAGCAAAACCUGAAACUUCACAAACUUAUCAGCUGCUGCAUUCGACAGACCAAAUCCCUGAUUUCAGGGGGAUUUUAGAAGACCUAGGAAUAUGGAUAGAUAAAUUAUCACUUUUUGAAGGACUGCAUUUUUGCUUAACUUCAUAUUAUGUUUAUGACUUGGUUGCAUUUUUCCUUGAAAUGCAUUUAGUUUUAUUAUGCUCACUCUUCAUUAGUAAUUUAUACAAACAUAUAGAAUUAUAAUCA